AUGAAGGAGCAAUACGCCGUGGGAAUGUGGUCUAAAGGGCUCGAGGAGCAAAUGGCGUGGAAAGUGCAAGAAACUCGAAAAUGUGAGAGAAUGCCAGAGCUCGAUGCCAACAUUCCUAGCUGGUCAUGGGCAAGUGUAAAAGGUCCUGUUGUGCCUCAGCACCGGCUGGCCAUACGAUCAUACAAGGUUAGAGACCAUGAUGGGGCUAUUGUCGAAUUCACAGUCAAAGAAGAAACCAGGGAAGGUGACAAGGAGCCUGUAUUAGAGAGUAAAACGUUGGCACUGAGGAGUCACGUCAGCUUUGGACGGCUGAUAAGCAUGGAAGAAGACGAAUACCGUCUCCAAGUUUUACACAGAACACCCGGCGGCCCCAUUGAAAUAGAUGCCUUUCUCGAUACUCCACUAGCAACUACAGUCAUCGACCCACAACAAUGCGCAUUCAUCAUCCUCGCCGCAUCGGUCACUUCAACCAACCCCAGUGGCCUCCAAUUAGGCCUACCUUCUUCUUCUUCCGAAGCAUGUCAGACGUACUCAGGUAUAGGUCUUCUCCUCAUCACGCACUCUGCCUGGUUCGCCAAUCAGGAACAACUGCACCAUGAAUACAAAAGCGCACUAUCAGGCUUAAAGCCAUCUCGAGAACAAGAAUGGCGCCUAGAUGCUUUCUCAAAGCUCAUGUCCCAGCAGUCAGAGAGAAUUAUGAAGAUGAAAGGGAAUAUUGCAAGCGUAUAUCGGCGGAUCGGAGCGUUACAGUUUCGCGAUAUAGACGAGCAAGCCUUCAAAUCCUUGACAAACGACCAGAACCUGGAGAAUAUUUGGUUAGACUGA